UUAAAAAUUGUUUUUGUUUGGAUUUGAUUUUGUUGUAAGAUUUUCUGUCUCGCAUCGAACCUCCGAAAAUACAAAUUAAUAAUAAGGCCUUCUUCUUUCAAAGAAGAGCUCUUUUAUAGUUUUCCUUUAUUUUCUCUCAAAAUACCCAGCACUUCAAUACCCAAAGAUUAAGAGAAAAAAACCCUCAAAAAAAGAAAAGAAAAUCAUAUAACAGGUAGAAAAAGAAACUGGGAUUAAACUUUACUUACUUCUUCUACUUAUCUCUUUAAUUUGUAUUUUCUAUAAUUAAUUUUUUAUUAAUUCAAGAGCAAAAAAAGAAAAAGUAAAAGAAACGAUCUUGUUCCUUCCUACAAUGCCCAAUUUGUUGCGGGCAAGGGUUUUCAUCCGGAUCAACAAAUUGGGGGGAAUUUCCCAAAUUGGGAACUGAUUAGGGUUCUGAUUAGAGUAUAAAUGAGCUCAACCUCUCGUUUUUGCAGUAUCGGAUUGAAGAGCUGUUUGUUUCGAGGUUUAAGUUAUUAAAACAGAUUGCUUAAAGGGAAAUGGUGAUUGAAAAGCUUUUGGACAUGGAAGAAGAUUGCUUUCGUAUAUAAUUGUGUAGAUAGUGAUUCAAAAGCUUGAAGAUUUAGUUGUUUUAGAGAAAUAGGGUAUUUGGGUUUUCAGUAAAUCUUUUAUGUGUUUGAUCUCAAUUUGGGGAUGGUUUUGGCAUUGGAUUAUAUUAUUGGGACAAGGAGGUGAUGAUUCUCUAUUGUGCUGCAGAUAACAGUGAGGGUCAGAUUGUACUGGACCAUUUUUGUUUCUUGAAGAACCAUUUGGUAUACCAUAGUUUUUGAGCUAGAAUUCUUGAUCAGAACAGCAUUUCUUUAAGUUAUAUUUCUAUUUGGGGCAUUAUUGAAGUAGCUUAGGGUAAAGCAACAGUAGGGUUUAGCAGUGAUUGGAAACUUGCUGUGGUGAUUUUAUUAUUUGAAGUGAUUUAGUCAUAGAUAGUUGACUUGGGGUUACAUUUGAGGUUAGGGAGAUUAAGGAGCUUGGUGGGUUUAGGAACUUUUUUUGAGCUAUUAAGAGUGACAGGAGUUUCAUGGAGGAACACUGAAGCUGGAAAUGUAUGCAGGGAUAUGGGGCAUGGAUAGGAGCAUAGUUACUUGUUGUUCCUUUUCUGGGACAUUGCUGUUGGAAGAUAAUCCAAGUGUUUUUGCGCUCAAAAGGCAUUCUUAUUUCGUGUUCUAAACUUCUGUGAAAUGUCGCGUUGCUUUCCUUUCCCACCACCAGGAUAUGAAAAGAAGGCUAGGACCGAUGACGUGGACUUGCUAAAUAAGGAGAAGCAAAAAGAGAAGUCACAUAAGAAGGAGAAGAAGGAGAAGGAGAAGAGAGAAAAGAAAGAAAAAAAGGAGAAAGAUAGAAGCGAUGGAAAGCAUAAGGAUAAGAAAGACAAAAAGGAAAAACACAAAGACAAAGACAAAAAGAAGGAAAAGAGUCGAGAUAAAGAAAAAGAGAAGGAAAGAAGUAAUCCCUCAGAGGAAAAGAAGUUUUCUGGUCAUCCUGAUGGUCAAAAUGGGGAGAAAACCUCAGAUGAGAAGAAAUUUCUGGGAAAACCUGAAGGUCACAGUGGGGAGAAGUUUAUCCAGAAAGAGAAGGGUAGGGAUAAAGAUCGAAGCAGUUUUUCAAGUGAGAAGAACUUUGCUGGGCACAUUUCAAGUUUUAACGGGGAGAAGAUCAGCCAGAAUAGUCAUCCGGCUCAAGAUUUUAGGGAUUCUAAAUUUGUGCAGGAGUUGGCGGGGAGGGUCAGAGAUGAAGGUGCUGGAGCUGCAAGCCAAUUGGCAGAUAAGUCUAUGGGUACUAACCGGAAAAGAGAUGAGGGAAUGGUCGGUUUUGUGGCUAAGACUGCCAACAAACCGGCUGAAGAGAAAGAAAAGUCUAAGAGAAGUGAUGAUAGGAGGUUCGAUGUGCAUGGGAUCAAGGAGGAGACCAGAGCUGGUGGAAAUGCUAUGGUUCCGAACCUUGCUGGGGCAGUUAAAGCUAAAGUUGAAGGGAUCCCUAAACAAGUGGAGAAUAAUACCGAGAAGCGAGGGGAGGGGAAAGAAAAGGUUAAAGAAAAAGAAGGUGAUAAUAAAACCAAGGAUAAGCGCAAAGAUAAAGACAGAGAGAAGCAAAGUCACGGCAAAGAUAAGGAUAGGGACAAAGCGAAGGAGGAGAAGGCGAAGGCAAAAGGUGAACAUAGGAAUUUGGAGCUGGAUAACUUAAAAGGAAGCAACAAAGAUGGCCCUGGGGGUAACAUUAAUCUGAAAACUUCUCAUCCUUCCAAGGAUGGAAACAAGGGUGUUGUUGCUGAGGAAAAUCUCCGCAAGCGGAAGAACUUGGAGAAAAAUGGAUUUUUUCAUGUUGAUGACAUUAAACCCAAUAAGUUGCCCAAAACUUCUUCCUUUCAACCGUUGACGGGCAAUGGAAGGACAUUGGAACCUUGUCAAGCUCCCAUUCCACUUACUUUAGAUAGCAAGGGGGCAGGAACCAGUCUUAAGGUCGAUAAUAAAGAACGCAAGGUGAAUGGCAUCAUUGAAGCUCAGCUGUUAUCUGUCUCCCCACCAAAGCAAUUAUCAUCAAGUGCACAAGCUAGUCAAAUUGAUGAAGUGUCUAUCAGACCGCCCCAUCCAGACUUGAAGUAUUUGAGCCAGGUACUUUCAGUGCCCAAAAUGGAAGAAUGGUCUGAUUUUGAUGACCAAUCAUGGCUAUUACACAGUAUUGAAUCUCAAUCAAAGAAACCCAAGGUGGGAUUUUCAGAGAUUGACGAGCCACCACAAGUAUGGGCCGACGCUCUGCAGAUAGAGUCGGCUGAUGUUUGUGCUCUCCCAUAUGUUAUUCCAUAUUGAUUUAUCUUUAUUUAGUGAGCACAUGUUUAACCCUCCUACACUGCAGCAGGGUUUUGCCCUUGUUGGGGGCGGAUUCUUUGGUUUUAUUCAGCAUUCUUUUGUUGUCAAACUCUAGUGUUGCAGUGAAUGUUUUCGAACAACUGACUGCCAUAUUGAUCUGCCACGGCAACCAUCACGUUGGUCCAUCACGUCAUUCCACUGCUGGAAGUGUAGGGUGCAUAUCUGCGUCCUGGUGCCAAGCUACUAAUUC